CACAGGGCUCUGGGACCUCCCCGCGGUGCUUGCCGGAGCAGCUUUAGCGCAGAACUGCUCAUUUUGGGGAGGAAAAGCGGAGCCCUCCCAGCCCCGGCGCCGCAGCCGAGCGGGCGGAGCGGCCCCGGCCGGGAGCUCCGUGCGGCAGCGCCGCCCCCGCCCGCCAUGGCCGCCCUCAGAGUUUGGAGUAUGUGAGAAGCUGCCAGAGGAAUCACUCCUAUUUUAAUUUCUCCUUCAUCAGAUGCUCCUGCCCUGCCCUGUGCCUCCAGGAGUGUGACCCCCCCCAGCAGAGAUGGUGGCCUUUAACUGGAAGGCUCUGGAGAACUUCCCACUGCUGAUGUACAUUUUGGCAGCUAAAACUUUGAUCCUUUGCUUGGCCUUUGCGGGAGUCAAAAUGUACCAGAGCAAGAAAAUUGAGGAGAAACUGAAGAGGGAACGUGAGGAGAGACUGAAAGCAGAAGCAGAGAAGAAGGAUGAGUGAGGAUUCCUUUAGGUUCCUCACACUUGGAUUCCUCUCCCAGGAGGAUGAAGCCUUCCUGGAAAAGGAGGAUGUGUAACUUCAGAGUGACACUUAAAUUAUCUUCGUUUUUCUGUGUACAGCAAAGCAUCUGAGCCUCUAUUUAUGCAAUAAAAAUGCCUUUGUUUAAAAAAUAAAAAUAAAAAACAA